CCCCGAGACACAUGACAAUGGUCAUGUGACCAGGAGAAAUUUCUUGAGUCCAAACGUCAUGCGUCAAGCCUAAGUAUCUCUGUAAUCUGCUUCCUCCCAAGUCGCACCAGCUAGCGUCUUCAUGUUCGUACAUGGGAGCCACACACACUGCGAGGAAGCAAGAUGAGCAAUGGGCAGCCACUGAGCGCUGGCUAUCAAAGCCGGGAGUGCAAGAAGAGCAGAGGGAGAAAGCAAGACUUUGUGCUGCCAGGAACAGGACCAAGAAGCUUGUCACAGAGAGCAAAGAUACCACCUGCAACCCAACACCGACCAGCACAGUUGGAGCGUCCCCAGACCCAGAGCCCAACUCGUACCUACACCCUUCGGCACUUUCGGAACUCCCUCCACUCGAGAAGGUCAGGCAACUCAUCGCCAACUGGCAAUCUGAAUGGGCCACGGAGUCAACAUGGCCAAAGAAGUUCCAUGAUCAACUUAGGCAUGCACAGGGCAGGGGCCAACUUGCAACUGACUCAUUCUUUUCACAAUGUGAGGCCCACGUUGAAGAAGGGAGACGGCUUGUUUGGAUUUUGAGGAAUAUUGCAUGCAAAGGUUUCAGGGGUAUGGGGUACAGAGCUGCAGACUUGUACGAACAAGUGUUUGACUUGCUCACAUCUUUAUUGACUGAACUACGCUUUUUCGAAGUCAAAUUAGAUGACUAUGCACCUAUAUCCCCCUUGUCUCAAAUCUCCGAAGCUCGUUACUACUUUACUGUCUAGCCUGUUCGUCAUACAAACUACGUCUAUAUAUUCCUCGCCCGAUAUCUGAAGUGUCAGCUCCCUCAACUCCCCCCUUGUCUGGGGUCUCGCUAUUACCUCUCUAUGUAGUACUUUUGCAUACAAUUCAUGUCUAAACAUUCCCGCGCUUGAAAUCUGAUUUGUAAAAUUAGUGAUUCAAAUUACAGGAG